AGCCCAGGAGACCUCUGGGAGUGCUAGCCAGCCCAAGGAGUGCGCAGGCGCAGACUUUCUGGCUCGCCAUAGUCGUCUUUGUCUGCGGGCCAGGUUCCUUGUACAUCCACAGGACCUGCACUUGCCUUGUCCUUCAAAACCUUGCAAGAGUCCUAUAGCCUCAACCUGAAUUAUGGGAUGCUGCUUUGACCCUCAACAGUAACGUCCAAGUCCUGUGUCACUGUUUAGAAGUUUAAGGCACCAGUUUAACAAGAAGAUCAGUGGAUGACUGAGAGAGAAAUGUAAAGGAGGUGCUAUCUAGAAAAGGUCUGGGAAAUUUAUAAAUAGAUAAAGACACAACAUGGAAGACAUGUGAGUUAAGUCUCCUUCUCCAUGAAAAUACAGCUCAGAAAAAACUCAGAAAACCUGGUAACAGAAAAGUAUUUCCUCUGAACACAGACACUGAUUAAGACUAUAUUUCUAUGUAUGGGACUCAGUUUAAGGGAAUUUAGGACAUAAUUUAUACUUAAAUAUAAGAGAAGCUGUCUAAGAAAGAACCAUUACCAUUAAGAAUACAAUGAUGUCUUAUAUUUCAUCCCAAUCUGUAAUUGUCUAAUCUCAGUAUAAGCAAUGUAAAGUCUUUCAUCAUAAAUUCAACUUCAUUAGAUACCUGAGGAUUAAUGCUGAAGAGAAACCAUACGAAUUUCAUGAAUGUGGAAAAGCUUUUAUCUAUGUCACAUGUCAAGAGAUACUGAGGAAUUCUUGUUGGAAAAAAUAUCUGUGCAUGAUAAGAAUGUUGGAAAGCCUUCAGCCUGAAGCAGAUCUCCUUCAGCAUGACCAGAUUCAUAGUAGAGAGAAACCUCAUGAAUGCAGUGAAUGUGGAAAAACCUUUAGCCUGAAGCAAAACCUCAUAGAGCAUAAGAAAAUGCAUACUGGAGAAAAAUCACAUGAAUGUACUGAAUGUGGUAAAGUAUUCUCUCGAGUCUCAUCCCUUACUCUACAUUUGAGAAGUCAUACAGGAAAGAAACCAUAUAAAUGUAAUAAAUGUGGAAAAGCCUUCAGCCAGAAAAGCAACUUCCUUUCUCAUCAGAAACAUCAUACCGGAGAGAAACUUUAUGAAUGUGGGAAAGCUUCUAUUCAGAUGCCAGCCCUCAUUAAACACCAGAGAAAUAAUACUGGAAACAAACCCUAUGCAUGUAAGGAAUGUGGAAAGGCCUUCAAUGGCAAAUCAUAUCUCACUGAGCAUGAGAAAAUUCAUACGGGAGAGAAACCAUUUGAAUGUAAUCAAUGUGGAAGAGCCUUCAGCCAGAAGCAAUACCUCAUUAAACAUCAGAAUAUCCACAGUGGAAAGAAACCCUUUAAAUGUAAUGAAUGUGGAAAAGCCUUUAGCCAGAAGGAAAACCUCAUUAUCCAUCAAAGAAUACAUACUGGAGAGAAACCUUAUGAAUGCAAAGGGUGUGGGAAAGCUUUCAUUCAGAAGUCAAGCCUCAUUAGACACCAGAGAAGUCAUACAGGAGAGAAACCCUAUAUAUGUAAAGAAUGUGGGAAAGCCUUCAGUGGCAAAUCAAAUCUCACUGAGCAUGAGAAAAUUCAUAUUGGAGAGAAACCCUAUAAAUGUAAUGAAUGUGGAACAAUCUUUAGGCAGAAGCAAUACCUCAUUAAACAUCACAAUAUUCAUACAGGAGAGAAACCCUAUGAAUGUAAUAAAUGUGGAAAAGCCUUCUCUCGAAUCACAUCACUCAUUGUACAUGUGAGAAUUCAUACGGGUGAUAAACCUUAUGAAUGCAAAAUAUGUGGGAAAGCCUUCUGUCAAAGCUCAUCUCUUACUGUUCAUAUGAGAAGCCAUACAGGUGAGAAGCCCUAUGGUUGUAAUGAAUGUGGGAAAGCCUUCUCUCAGUUCUCAACUCUUGCUCUACACAUGAGAAUCCAUACUGGAGAAAAACCUUAUCAGUGUAGUGAAUGUGGGAAAGCUUUUAGCCAGAAGUCACAUCAUAUUAGACACCAGAGAAUUCAUACUCACUAAAGCUCUAUGAAUGCCUUGAAUUUAGGAAAACUUUCAUCAGAACUCACACUUUAAUGGUAUACUGAAAAUUCAUUUUAUAAUAAAGUGACAUGAAUGUGGAAAAUACUUCAACAACUCAAAACUUAAAUACUAACAAUUUUAAUAAGUAUCAUAGAUAGUAUCAUGAAAACCUGUACUCCCAGAACUCCCACAACAAACAUUGUUAAUGAUAUACUUUUAGGAGCAUUCUCAUCGACGUAAGGAUCCAGUCAUGAACACUAAUCAGCAUGGUUCUGGAAGGCCUACCUGAUGCAUUAAGAGGUAUAAAGAUUUGACAUUAAGAGACAAAAUUGUCAUUUAAAAAAUGUUUCGCUAUAUAUGUAAUCAAAAUUAUUUGUUCUUGAUUCAUUUGUAGAAAUCAGAGAUUGGAACAGAAUAUUGUAUUCAGAAACAUGCAUGCCUUUAUGGGGAAUUGUUAAUUGAUAGAGGUGGUAUCACAGGUUGGUAGAGAAAUGAAAUCAUGGAUGAUUCAAAAAUGGUCUCAGGGUAACUGACUCUUCAUGUGGAAAAAUAUUAGAUCUCUGCUGUAGUAAUACAUUAAAGUAUUUAUUAUGAAAUCCAAAUGUAUUGAAGACUAGAAUGCAAAAAGCAAAAUUUAGUAAUAUAAGAAUUUUAUAGGAGAGUGUUUUUAAAACCUUGGGGUAGGAGGGAAUUUCUAAAAUAGAUUCCAGGAUACUCACUCUUGAGUAUACAUGCAUAUCCCCAAGAAACUGAUACAUGUACCUAGGCAGUCAUGUAUCUUUAUGUUCAUUGAAGCAUGAAUUACAUUAGCAAUGGCUGUUGCUUGUGAAAUGGAUAAUAAAAUGUGAUAUAGGCACACAGUAGAAUGUUCUCUAGUAGUGAAGUAUAACAGGUGAUAUAUAUAUAAAUAUAGUAACAGAGAAAGACCUGAAAAGUCAUGUAGAGUAAAAACAAUGAAGGGAUAAAUAUAAUCAUAACUGUGAAUAUUAAGUCAACACUAACAAACACUAGUAUUAAGCACUGAUUAUGGAUAAACAUUUUUAUGUAAAACUGAAGAAUGGAUUGGAAAGAUACACAAUUUCCAAAGGUGGUUGCCUCUAGAAAGAACGGUAGUGGAAAAGAAAUGGGACCAAGCAUGGUAGUUAAAGGAUACUUCAGUUUUGUAUCUAAACACCUAUCAUAAAAAGAAAUAAAGAUUCCAAGUAAAUAUGACAAAAUGUUCGUUACCUCUGGGUUGUGGUAGUAUAUGUGUUCUAUUGUUUGUGCUAUUUCUGAAAAUUAAAAAAGAUAAAGAGUAGGAAAGCUGUACAUGGAGUACAUGUAAUAACAGACUCACAAUCCCAGAAACUAAUAUUUUAUAGGAAAUAUUUCUAAAAUCAUAUCUUUACUAUAAGUCAUUUUUUAAAAUUGGGAUGUAGCUUAAUUUAAAUUUACUCUUGCAUGUGACAUCACUAAUCUGUUUGAUCUCUACUUAGAAGUUAUAGCAUUUGAUUGUGCAACAGGUUGGUAUUGUAUACAUUUAAGGAUCAUACCAUACCAUUUAAUAAUACAUGCACAGACUUGAUAUUAAGAAUUGGUUUCUACUGAAACAUUUAUCAGAAACUUUAAAAGUCCAUAUAACCAGUAUUGGCAUUAAGGACUUGGUAUUUUAAAAUGAGGAAACCAGGUUACCCUUAAUUUUUAAAUAUGCCACUGAGUAAAAUGUCAACUCUUGCAUUUCACCUUCAGUUUUAACCUCAAGACAUUUUUUUUCUCUAUUCUGCCAAAUAUACUCAACCAACCCCCCCUGUUUGUUUCUUUGGGGAAAAUGGUGCUAAAAAGGAGAUCAGAGACCUAAACAAUAUUCUUUUAUUUGAAGCAAAUCUUUUUGAGGAUUUUUGUUUACUUGGUCCCUUUCCACAACAACUUGACAUAUAAAAAGUUGUUAGUGCUCUUUUUGAAUAGUGAUAAAAAUGCGUAUCCAACAUUUAAACCUUAGGCAUAUUUCAAAUAUAUCAAUUUCUUUUAAAUUCAAAAUAAUGAAACGCUAAUAGAACCAUACUACUAUACUGCUUGUUAAUGGUUUUGAAGGUUAGUCUUGAGAUAAGAUUAUAAAUGUCAGGGAUUGAUUUCCUGGGGUAAUAUACCCAAAUAACAUUAUAUCUACAUGAGUCUAAAUUAUCCUCUAUUUUCUUCCAUUCCUCAUUAAGCACUCCCUCGUAUUUCUUAAGUGUUUUGCUUGCCUUUGAGCUUGUGCAGCUUUGAAGUCACCAGAACAACUAAGAACUCUCAAUUCAGACCAAACUAGGAGGAUUACCCUUUGGUGCCUGUAGUUGGCUAGGGCCAAGGUGCAACAACAAUAAAUAGGAUAUCACAAAGAGUAAGGUGAGUAAUAUCUGAGUACUAUCACAGAUAUUUUGACAUUUGACUAUAAAUAGUAUCAAAUUUACUCUGACAUCCCCCCAUUAAUUCGACUUUUUGCUAGUUAUUUGCCACCACAAACAAUACUACAGUAAACACUCUUAAAAUCAGACCUUAAAUUUCAGAUGUUUUUAUUUCUAGGGGAUAGGUUACAGGCAAGAGAGUGUUAGAUCAAAGGACAUAUGCCAUUAUUUUAUUGUAAUAGAUGCUGUCAGUCAUUUUCAAAAACACAACUUUCCUCUAACCCUGCAACAGAUGGUAACAUACUACUUAAAUUCACAUUUGUCUGAUGAGUGUAACCACUUGCUCCUAGCUUCUUUGUAAAUUUUCAUAUUGUUAGCUCAUUUUGAAGUCCUCUUUAUGUAUUAGACAUUAGGAAUUUGUCUAAUUUUUGUCAUAAAAAAUGAUUUUUCCAUAAAAAUACCCUAAAUUUCUCUGUAACUAGAUAUGUAUUAAUUUCUUCUAAGCUGAUGGAUUGGUUAAGAAGAUAUUUUAAUCUCUAGAUUGUAGAUUUCUUAGGUUUUCUUGCAAGUUGUUUAAUGUUUGCAUUUUUCAAUAUGUAAAUAUUAGUCCAUUUAGAAUUUAAUUUUUAAUGUCAUAUGAAAUGAGGAUUCCUUGUUAUUUUCUUCCAGGUGGGUUUCCAGUUAUACAAGCACAAUUUGUUAAAAUAACCCAUCUAUUCAGCAGCCAGUCACACAGUUCUGACACCAACUUGUGGUGUCCACCAGCAGCAAUCAAAGAUUUGAACCAGCAAAAACAAAACAGAACAGGCUUUAACAAAGUUUAUUAUUAGCCUUCCCUGACACACACACACACAAACCAAACUACAAAAAACAAAAUCACCUUCACAAUACUACAACUGCCCAAGCAAGCACAGCUUCCAGGGCCUCUGCCCUGCUCAGGGGAGAGGAGGUCAGCACGGGUGUGGUUCACCUAAGCACUGGGAAACAACAUUCUCAUCCAGGACGUCUUAUGAUAACCCAGUACUGCAACUGCAUGGUGUGCCCCCAUGCAGCACACCCAGUUGUAAAACUGAUACCCACUUAAGCACAGGGAAGCUGCUGCCUUGGUUUCCCAAGACUUACGAUGCCUUAGUCACAUAGGCUGUCGGUGUCUACAUGCCAAGUCACAGCACCCCCUAUCCCCAUCCAGGUACAUGAGGAAUCUACAGUAGUAUUUUCAUCAAGGAAACUGGUAGAAAAUAAAAUCUAAGGUCAUCUUUCCCGACAUGGGUCGGGGGAGAGUCCUAUUCUUAAUUCUUUACCAAUACCAUCCUUUCCUGUUCAACUGAAACUCAGCUAUGUAAUCCUUUAACCACGUGAUUUUUUCCUCAUUCAAGUGGAACUGCCUUGUACUUUCAUUUAUACCAAGACCUAUUUUCUGUAUUCUUUUCUUUCACUAAUCUAUUUUUCUACUUCUAUACUAAUACCAUAUUAAUUGAUAAAUUGAUUUAACAUUAGCCUUAUUGUAUUUUGAUACUGCAUAAUAGACCAACUCCUCCUUGCUGUUUUUCAUAGUUUUAUUGGCUAUUCUAAGUUAAUUUUCUUCCUAUAUAAAUGAAGACUGUGUUCUCAAAAUACAAAACCCUUUGAUAUUCUAGUUGGAACUGCAUUAAAUUUAUAUAUUUAUUUUGGGAGAAAUGACAUUUUUUUUACUUUAAGUCUUUCUGACCUAAAUCAUAGUGUGCCUUUGCAUUUGUUCAGACUGUAAUCAUGUCUUUGAGCAUGAGGGUCCUAAACAAAGUAAUUUGAAUGCCAUCCCUGCUUAAUAUAUUUUGAAAAGUUUGUCAGUUCGGUGAAUGAGGAGAAUCCCUAUUAUGAACUAAACGUUUGUAGUCUACUCAGAAUUCAUACUUUGAAGCCCUGAUCCCCAGUGUGAUGGUAUUUGGAGAUGGGGCUAUAAGGAAGUUAUUAGGUUUAGAUUAGGUCAUGAGGGUGGGACACUCAUGAUGGGAACAGUACCCAUAUGUACAGGUGGAAGAGAGAGACUGUAAGAAGAGAUUUCUUUCCCAAGUGUAUACACUGCGGAAAGGUCAUGUGAGUGUAGCACAGGUAAGAAAGCAGCUGUCUACACCAGGAAUUGGAUCUUCACCAGGAUUUGCCAGCACUUUGAUGUUGGGAUUUCCCAGCCUCUAGAACUGUAAGAAAUAAAUGUCUGCUAUUUAAACCA